AUGUUCGUACUUCAGAAGUAUUGUAUCGAAGAUUAUUAUAAUUCUAUCACAACUGAUCGCUUCAGUUCUGUGCCAGUACAAUUUUUAAUAUAUAUCUAUGCUCAGCCAGCGUGUACAAGUCAACCAUUGCUCUAUGGUGAUUACACACCAGGCUCAUGUCUUGGCGUUCAAGUCGGUCAACAGUUUCAAUUGCAAUUGAUCGUAGAAAAUAAUUGUGCUGCUAGUGGUGUUACUAUGCGCGACAUUGGUACUCUCUCCUUUCCAGUUGUUAUCAAGAAUGCACUCGUUCAAAAUGCAACAUUGGGCUCAGUUACUUUAACGUGGAUUCCAACAUCACAAGAAGUAGGAUCACAAGUAUUAUGUUCAGUUGCCGUAGACAGUCAAAGUGUUCAAUCAAAUCAAUACUGUUUAACAUUUACUGUUGGGGAUGAUAGUGCUGCGUUAUGUCCUGGUCAAACACAAGAGCCAACAACGACUUCAGAGUAA